AUGAGACCGUCCAAGAACCCAAACGGUUCUGGUGGCCUUGUGCCCACGGAAGACCUUCUCGUCGGUAACGAACAAGGCCAGAUCUGUUACUACGUUGUCGAGUGGCCACAUACGUGGGAAGUAGGCCGAGACUCUUGGGGUGGCACGACAACACUGGUGGCGACUAUUGCAGUUCAUACUCAGCAGAUAUGCGGUCUUGUUUGGGCACCGAGUGGCCGUGAAUUUGUCUCCGGGUCCAAUGAUAAUUUGGCAUGCUACUUCGAGAUUGAGAAGAUGCUGAAAACACGCAAGCGCAGCAGCAGCACAUCAUCCAACGAGACCGUCCGCCGAAGUCGAAGAUCAGAAGUCCGCUCGAGGUCACCAGAAAUCGCCGGCAACAGCUCUGAAAGCCGGUUUUCUUGGUUACCCAAGAGCUUGGAGUCGUUUCUUUACGGCACAUCUGCGAGCGAAGCCAUGGCGGAGCCAGACGUCCGAGGCAACGGCGGCCACCUUGUUCAAGGACAGGCAGAUGAACAGACCACCUUUAUUCGCGGAUCAGAGAAGCAUUGCUGGAGGCAUGGCGCUGCAGUCAAGGCAAUCGCCUUUUGUCCCUGGCAAGAGACUCUCAUCGCUACGGGGGGCGGAUCGAGCGACAAGUGCAUUCACUUUUGGCACACGGGAACAGGCACCGCCUUGGCUACCAUUGCCGUAUCGGCACAGGUGACAUCGUUGAUCUGGUCCACGACACGACCCGAGAUCGUGGCUACGUUUGGGUACGCAACACCGGAUCACCCUUAUCGAAUCGCUGUAUUCAGUUGGCCAUCGUGCGAACAGAUUGGCGCUGUUGCGUUGGACAAUGGCGCUCGUGUCCUGUAUGCCAUUCCGUACCCUGGAGCACCAGCUGAUGCAAAAAAGGGAAGUCGGAGUGUGAAGGAAGGGAGCAUCGUCAUGGCUACAAGUGAUGAGAACGUUAAGUUCCACGAUGUUUGGAAAGAAAGAAAGAACGCCCCGAUGGGUGGUGUUGGGGUGUUGAGUGGCAGCGAUAUACUCGAAGGGCUGGACGGUAUUUUCAAGGAGGGGGCCGUCAUUCGUUAG